UUCUUUUGUUCUCAUUCAGUUUUCUACUUGCGAGAAGAACACAAGAGCGAUUGAUUGGUUGACGAAUUUAUUUGAGAAGCUUAUCAUCAGUAACUUGUCUGGUAAUUUCAUUUGUUAGAGUGAUCGAACAGUGAUCUAGUGAUUAACAAAGGCUUUCAAGAUGCAGAUCUUCGUAAAGACCUUAACCGGUAAGACUAUUACUUUGGAGGUCGAGCCAUCGGACACCAUUGAGAAUGUUAAGGCCAAGAUCCAGGAUAAGGAAGGUAUUCCUCCAGAUCAACAGCGUUUGAUCUUUGCUGGAAAGCAGCUGGAGGAUGGUCGUACCCUGUCGGAUUACAAUAUCCAGAAGGAGUCUACCCUUCAUCUGGUUCUGCGUCUGCGCGGAGGAAUGCAAAUCUUCGUGAAAACUCUGACCGGUAAAACGAUUACCCUGGAAGUCGAGCCGUCGGAUACUAUCGAAAACGUGAAGGCCAAGAUCCAGGAUAAAGAAGGAAUCCCUCCAGAUCAACAGCGUUUGAUCUUCGCUGGUAAGCAGUUGGAGGAUGGUCGCACAUUGUCCGAUUACAACAUCCAGAAGGAAUCGACCCUUCAUUUGGUUCUGCGUCUGCGUGGUGGUAUGCAGAUUUUCGUAAAGACUCUCACUGGUAAAACAAUCACCCUCGAAGUCGAACCAUCUGACACUAUCGAAAAUGUGAAGGCUAAGAUUCAGGACAAGGAAGGAAUUCCCCCAGAUCAGCAGCGUUUGAUCUUCGCUGGUAAGCAGUUGGAAGACGGGCGCACUUUGUCUGACUAUAAUAUCCAGAAAGAGUCGACAUUGCAUCUGGUCCUUCGUCUGCGUGGUGGCAUGCAAAUUUUCGUGAAGACGCUCACUGGUAAAACCAUUACCUUGGAAGUUGAACCUUCGGACACUAUCGAAAAUGUGAAAGCCAAGAUCCAAGAUAAGGAAGGAAUCCCACCAGAUCAACAGCGUUUGAUCUUCGCCGGUAAACAACUUGAGGACGGGCGUACUCUUUCCGAUUACAACAUCCAGAAGGAAUCAACCCUCCAUCUGGUUCUGCGUCUGCGUGGUGGUAUGCAGAUUUUUGUGAAGACUCUUACUGGUAAAACUAUCACCCUUGAAGUCGAGCCAUCGGACACCAUCGAAAACGUGAAGGCCAAGAUUCAAGAUAAGGAAGGAAUCCCACCAGACCAACAGCGUUUGAUCUUCGCUGGUAAGCAACUUGAGGACGGUCGCACUUUAUCCGACUACAAUAUUCAAAAGGAAUCAACUCUCCAUCUGGUCCUGCGUCUACGAGGUGGUAUGCAGAUCUUCGUAAAGACGCUCACUGGUAAAACCAUUACCCUGGAAGUCGAACCCUCCGAUACCAUUGAAAAUGUGAAAGCCAAAAUUCAGGACAAGGAGGGAAUUCCACCAGACCAACAGCGUUUGAUCUUCGCUGGUAAACAACUUGAGGAUGGGCGUACCUUGUCCGAUUACAACAUUCAAAAGGAGUCAACCCUUCAUCUGGUUUUACGUCUGCGUGGUGGUAUGCAAAUCUUCGUGAAGACUCUUACUGGUAAAACUAUCACCCUUGAAGUCGAGCCAUCGGACACCAUCGAAAACGUGAAGGCCAAGAUUCAAGAUAAGGAAGGAAUCCCACCAGACCAACAGCGUUUGAUCUUCGCUGGUAAGCAACUUGAGGACGGUCGCACUUUAUCCGACUACAAUAUUCAAAAGGAAUCAACUCUCCAUCUGGUCCUGCGUCUACGAGGUGGUAUGCAGAUCUUCGUAAAGACGCUCACUGGUAAAACCAUUACCCUGGAAGUCGAACCCUCCGAUACCAUUGAAAAUGUGAAAGCAAAAAUUCAAGACAAGGAGGGAAUCCCACCAGAUCAGCAGCGUUUGAUCUUCGCUGGUAAGCAACUUGAGGAUGGUCGCACCUUAUCCGAUUACAACAUCCAGAAGGAAUCCACAUUGCACUUGGUCCUUCGUCUUCGCGGUGGAAACUGAAUCAUCGAUCUACGAAUGUUCGGCGUUCCUAUUCUUGUGCACCUGAACGCUGUUUUAUAAAUUUGAACUAUCUAAACUAUCGGUGUUGUUCUAAAUAGAUGUUGCUGAAAAUUAUUUCAAUUUCCGUUGACUUCCAACAUAACAGAAAUCUAGCUUUUUAGGUCAUCGAUUGUUUCCAUUCCUAUGAGUGGACAUAGAGUUGAAAUGUCAACAUUCAUUGUAGAGCAUUCUGGUCUGAAAGGUUUUAGAUUUCUCGGCACACUGUAGUUGAAAUAAAAGAAAACUAAAAUUAUA